AUGAGCCUUUUGUGGACGUAUCAUCAACAAGGUUCUCAUUUACUUCUCCAAUCUUCUCUUUCAAAUAUUCUCCGAUCGAUAGUAACAACUAGUGUUCAUACUAGAGCUCGACAAUCACCAUAUGUCGGAACAAAAGAUGUUCAAAGAACAGCAGUACCAGAUAGUAAAGUUUCAUGGAAGGUGAAUUGGCCUGAUUAUAAAGCAACGGAAUACACAGCAUCAAAAGUUUUGAAAAAUCCACCAUGGGCUGAUGAUCCAGAUGCAAAAAAAAUUAAAAGUUUUAAUGAAUUCGAUGGAAAAAUUGAUCGACGAAGUUUCAUGGGUGAAUAUGAAAUCGAUGAUAAAACAAAUCGACCAAGAAAUCCUGCAGGUCGUACUGGAUUAUCAGGGCGUGGUUUACUUGGUCAUUGGGGACCAAAUCAUGCUGCCGAUCCAGUUGUCACACGUUGGGCUAAAGAUCAAUCAAAUUUGAAAGAAAAAGUUUUAGAAAUUGUUCUCAUCAAUCGUAAAGAUAAUAAUCAUUUAGCUUUACCUGGUGGUAUGAUUGAUGAAGGUGAAAAUGCAUUCGUAGCAGCUAAACGUGAAUUUCUCGAAGAAGCUAUGAACUCGAACGAUGAUGCUGUUGUUGAACAGAUUGAUAAAUUAUUUGAAAAUGCUGAUUCAAUCUAUAAAGAUUAUGUUGAUGAUCCAAGAAAUACAGAUAAUGCUUGGAUGGAAUCAGAAGCAAUAGAUGCACAUGAUGAAACGGGUGAAUUAACAAAAGAUUUAAGAUUAGAAGCUGGCGAUGAUGCAGCAAAAGUAAAAUGGGUUCAGCUUGAUCGUGUGCAUAAUCUAUAUGCAUCACAUGAAUCUAUGGUUCGAAUAGCUGUUAAAAAACAUGGAGCAUAUGAAUAUUGGCAUGAUAACCAACAUUCAAGUGAAACAACUGAUGAUACUAAUAAUAAAUAA